UUAAUCUAUCUUUAAAUCUAAAUUCUUCUUCACUCGGAAAAAAAAACAGAACAGAGUAGCUAGCAAGAACACAAGAUGUCUACUUUCAUCUACUUCUUCUGGCUUUUGCUACUUCUCUUAGUAACAAUAACCUUCACUAAAAGGUUCCAAACCUCAAAAAUAAACCUUCCUCCGGGCCCACAAAAGCUUCCGAUCAUCGGGAACUUACACAACCUUGACGGGUUACUACACAUAUGUCUCCAAAAGCUCUCCAAAACCUACGGACCAGUGAUGAAACUCCACUUCGGUUUUGUCCCUAUUGUCAUAGUCUCUUCAAACAAAGCAGCGGAAGAAGUUCUCAAAACCCAUGACCUAGAUUGUUGCAGCCGACCAGAAACCAUAGCGACGAAGAAAAUCUCUUACAACUUCAAAGACAUCGGGUUCGCUCCUUACGGUGAAGAGUGGAGGGCGUUGAGGAAGCUCGCUGUGAUCGAGUUAUUCAGCUUGAAAAAGCUCAACUCUUUUAGGUAUAUAAGAGAAGAAGAGAAUGACUUGCUGGUCAAGAAACUCUCUGAAGCUUCUCAAAAACAAUCUCCUGUGAAUCUGAAGAAAGCCCUUUUCACUUUAGUCGCUAGUAUCAUCUGUAGACUCGCCUUUGGUCAAAAUCUUCACGAAUCCGAGUUCAUCGAUGAAGAUGGUAUGGAGGAACUAGCGUCUAGGUCAGAGAAGCUUCAGGCCAAAUUCGCUUUCUCUAAUUUCUUCCCUGGAGGUUGGAUUGUUGAUAGAAUCACCGGUCAAAGCAAGAGCUUAGAAGGACUCUUCUCAGAGCUCGAUGAUUUCUUUAACCAAGUGCUCGAUGAUCACUUAAAGCCAGGAAGAAGUGUGUUAGAGAGUCCAGAUGUUGUGGAUGUGAUGAUUGAUAUGAUGAAUAAACAAGGUGGAGAUGGUUCUUUUAAGCUCACUACUGAUCAUAUCAAAGGAAUUAUCUCUGAUAUAUUUCUGGCCGGAGUAAACACAAGUGCGACGACCAUACUUUGGGCAAUGACCGAGCUAAUGAGAAACCCAAGUGUGAUGAAGAAAGUACAAGAUGAGGUUAGGACGGUACUUGGUGAAUCAAGACAGAGAAUCACAGAAGAAGAUCUUAACCAACUUAACUACUUCAAGCUUGUAAUAAAAGAGACAUUCAGAUUACACCCGACAGCUCCACUUUUAUUACCAAGAGAGACCAUGUCACCAAUCAAGGUCCGAGGCUACGACAUUCCCAAAAAAACACAGAUCAUGAUCAACGUUUACGCGAUAGCACGCGAUCCAAAACUUUGGGAGAAUCCUGAUGAGUUUAAACCUGAAAGAUUUAGUGAUAUUUCUGUUGAUUACAGAGGAUUGAACUUUGAGCUUUUGCCGUUUGGCUCUGGUCGAAGGAUUUGUCCAGGUAUGACAAUGGGCAUCGCGAUGGUCGAGUUAGGAUUGUUGAAUUUGCUUUACUUCUUUGAUUGGGUAUUGCCUGAAGGGACAACAGUGAAAGAUAUCGAUAUGGAAGAAGAAGGUGCGGUUAUUAUUAGCAAGAAAGCUCCUCUUGAACUUGUGCCAAUUUGUCCCCGUUGAACAAAUUGAAGAGAAAAACACAUCUUAAAAUAUGAGAAAAAAAUGCUUUUCUUUUCUCCAUAUUUUGUAGUGAAGUAAUAAUGUUAUAUUUCUAGAAUCGUAUGUUCUUAAAUUUUAUUUUGCAAUGUGGCAUGGGUAUUAUGUAUAUUGAAUACCAUUUAUCAAUAAA